AUGGCACCAUCAGUUAGCCCCAGCUCCCGGGAGCUGGGCCUCUCCGUCUUGGGCGUGGGCUCCCAAUACCCUCCCUACGCCCUCAAGCCCGACGCCGUCGAGACCCUUGCGAAGCGCUUCUACCCAGAAUCUCCGGCUAUGAGCAAGGUACUGGCCAUAAACAGGUAUACAGGAAUCGAAGCCCGUUCCUCCAUCGGCGACCCGGAGCACCCCAUCGUAAACGACGCGGCCGCACCGUCGAUAGCGGAGCUACACAAGGUUUUUAUGAGCGACGGCGUCCCGCUGGCGGUCAGCGCCGCGCGAAAGGCGUUUGAGGACGCCGGCAUGACGGACCCCGCGGCGGCGGCGGCCAGCAUAACGCACGUCGUGUCGACCACGUGCACCGACAGCGCGAACCCGGGCUACGACCACUUUGUGGCGCGCGAGCUGGGCCUGUCGGACUCGGUGGAGAAGGUGCUCCUCCACGGCGUCGGGUGCAGCGGCGGACUCGCGGCCCUGAGGACGGCGGCCAACUUGGCGCUCGGCCAUGCCAUGCGUGGCCUGCCCGCCAGGAUCCUGGUCAUGGCCCUCGAGGUCAGCACGACUUUUGUGCGCAGCGAACUCGACAGCAUAAACGCCGAACAGAACACGCGCAUCGGAGUCUGUCUCUUCUCCGAUUGUGGUAGUGCCGUCAUUUUGAGUAACGGUCUCGGUCAUGGUCUUGAUGCCAAGGAGCCGGCGUAUGAGUUGCUAGGCUGGCAAAACAGAACAAUUCCAGAUACGGAAUUGGAUUUGGGUUUUGAUGUUGACCCUGUUGGAUGGAAAGUAGUUUUAACACCGCGCGUGCCAAAACUCACCACCUCGGUGCUCGAGUCUUCUUUCGCCUCGCUCAUGGCAUCGCUGCCACCACUGCCACCAAACUACUCCAAGGCUUCUGAUUUUGACUGGGCCAUGCACCCUGGUGGUGCAACGAUUCUGACUGGAGCCGAGAAGGCCAUGGGCAUCACACCAGAGCACAUGCGUGCCAGCUACUCCACGUACAUGAACCAUGGAAACUCGAGCUCGGCGACCAUCUUUAGCGUACUGGACUGCCUGCGGCAAAAGGACAUGGAUGCGCUGACUCCCGGCGGCAGGGAACCGGCAGACUACGUCGUCGGCUGUGCUUUUGGGCCCGGCAUCACGGUGGAGACGUGCAUGCUUCGGAGGCGGCGGAAGGCGGCGGGCGGCGGCAUGGCUGCGACGGGGUUGCAAACUCCGCCAGAGACGGAAAGCGAGGGGAGCAGGAGCGACGACGAGGACGGCGCAAAGGACGGGAGCAGUCCGAGCGGAGCUUCAGGGAAUGCUUCAGCUUCGGCGGGGAGUACGGCCGCGAUAAGUGGGGAGUCAUUCGUCAACCAAGCCAUGUCAGAGCUCGAGCUGGAUUGA